UGAGGUGAAAGUUUGCUAGUUCUUUUCCAAGUACCACUCCCCUAAAUACACCUCAAGUUGGACGGUCUGCAACAAGAAUUUGCAGGUAUGGCUGAGUACUCCACCUUGGGGUCUGUAGCAGUACUGCAGGUGAACAACCCUCCUGUGAACUCGUUCAGUCACCAUGUGAGACAGGCUCUGGUGGACGGCCUGGAGAGGGCCCAGCGGGACCCGGCUGUUCGCAGUAUCGUCAUCAUGGGGAAAGGGAGAACUUUUCCAGCAGGUGCUGAUAUAAGGGAAUUUGGGAGCGGUGCAGCUGUAAAGAUGCCAAACCUCCUCAUGGUGCUACAAGCUGUAGACACCUGUCAGAAGCCAGUAGUGUCUGCCAUCCAUGGUACGGCACUGGGAGGAGGUUUUGAGCUGGCCCUGGCCUCACACUAUCGCCUGGCAGUUCCCUCAGCCAGGAUGGGGCUACCUGAGGUGCACCUGGGGAUCCUGCCAGGUGCAGGGGGGACCCAGCGGCUGCCCCGGGUCGUGGGGGUGAAGACUGCCAUCCAGAUGAUCACCAGCGGCCAGCACAUCAAAGCACAGCAGGCCCUGUCUCUCGGCAUUGUGGACAAGAUUGUCCAAGGUGACCUUCUAAAAGAGGCUGUCAGCUUUGCAAGGUCAGUUGAAGGUCGUCCGGUAGAGGACAGAAGGAUCAGUCAGAAGACAGUGCCAGAAGCUGACAAGGUCGAUGAGGUCGUGGAAGCAGCACGGAAGACGAUUUUACGCAAGGCGCGAGGAGCCAUUGCCCCUAUGACUUGUGUACAGGCUAUUCAGGCCUCAGUCCUUCCAUUUGAAGCUGGCAUGGCGCGUGAGGCUGAGCUGAUGGCAUUCCUGAUGACAUCAUGGCAGGCCCCGGCCCAGCAGUACGCCUUCUUUUCCGAGCGGGAGGUCAGGAGAUGGAGUCAUCCCCGAGACAAACGCAUCAACUUCAAAACUGCCAAGCCAAGGGUUGUCAAGAGUGUGGGAGUGGUGGGUGCAGGCACCAUGGGUAUGGGCAUCACCAUCAACCUCCUACAGGCUGGGCUCAAGGUCGUGAUGCUAGAGGUCAACAAGAAACAACUGGACAAAGCUGUCAACACUAUCAAAAAGACCCUCAGCCAAAAGUCAGCCUCCCAGAAAAUGUCCCAACUGACCACCGCUAUGGACUACAGUCAGCUGAGGGAUGUGGACAUCGUUAUCGAGGCUGUGUUCGAAAACAUGAGGCUGAAGAAGGAGGUUUUCAGGAAGCUGGAUGCCGUCACUAAACCCCAAACCAUCCUCGCAUCCAACACAUCCGGGCUGAACAUUGAUGAGAUAGCAGCAGUGACAAAACGUCCUGACAAAGUUGUUGGGACCCAUUUCUUUGCUCCUGCCAACGUGAUGCGACUCCUGGAGAACAUCUACGGCAGGCAGACGUCCCCGGAGACCGUUGCCACGGCGAUGCAGCUGGGUGUGACCAUUGGGAAGGUGGGGGUGUUGGUGGGGAACUGCCCCGGGUUCGUGGGGAACCGGAUGUUGGGUUCGUACACGGCUGAGGCGGUGUUUCUCCUGGAGGAGGGGGCCGAGCCACAAGAUGUCGACAGGGCCAUAGAGGAGUUUGGGUUCCCGAUGGGGCCAUUCCGUAUGGGUGACCUGUCCGGUACAGACAUCGGGUGGAAGGGGCGCAUCGCAAAGGGCCUCACAACGGAACACGGGCCGCCACCCGCCACCCCCGCCCUCUACCGGCGUGGUAACCGGUACUGCCCGCUACCGGACAUGUUGUGCAUGAAAGGUCGUCUGGGGCAGAAGACAGGGGCUGGGUGGUACAGGUAUGAGCCCGGUAGCCGUACUGCCCUGCCGGAUCCUGUGGUACUGCAGAUGAUCCAGGACUACAGACAGGAACAUGGCUUCAAGAAGAGAACUAUAUCCUCACAGGAGAUAGUGGAGCGUUGUCUCUACCCACUCAUCAACGAAGGGUUCCACAUCCUGGACGAGGGAAUAGCUGCUCGCUCGCUGGACAUUGAUGUCAUCUACCUGUUUGGCUACGGAUGGCCCAGGCACACAGGAGGACCUAUGUACUACGCAGAGAGGGUGAUCGGCCUGGAGAAGCUGCUGUGUAGUCUGGAGACGUACAGUGCCCGGUACCCCGACCAUGCCCACCUGCAGCCCAGCCCACUGCUGAGGAACAUGGUGGCUAAAGGAGGCAGCCUGGCAGCACUGGGGACAGACAGCAAACUCUGAGCAGCCUCCGGGCCUGAAAAUUCAUCUGUGUCGAAGAAAUCAUUGCAAAGCAAAAUUGAUCUGUAAUUUUUUAUACAAAAUUUUUGACUGUGCAACUCCAGUCUUUGACAAUGAAUGUCGAUGUCAUUUUGUCAACUUCUUGUGUGAGACGUUUGGAAGGUACU